AUGGCAUGGAGUCCAAUGCUCUGGGAUGUCUCCGUUUCUUUCAAUGGCUCGCAGUUCGUCGCCAAUAAUCUCUUGACUGAUGUUUAUGUUUUCACAGGAUUCGACUCUCGACCUCAAGAUACCUACUCGCCACUUGGACCCUCGACUAAAACCGUAACCACCCCAUUGAUGCCGGCUUUUUACGAGCCUAGACUGGUUGUACAAAGCAAAUCCCACGACGGAGACAAUUCGACUUCGCCAUUGGCCCCCACCAGCUACCGGAACACGCAGCGGCGCACAAAGAGACGAGUACUCGGCACCAGAUCCAAUGGCCGUAAAAAGCCUUCGACCCCCACGAAGUACAUCCCCAAAGCCACCGAGCCAAAUACCAGAAGACAGCGCAGAAUUUAUGUCGCUUUUUCUUCGCUCUCUUCGACAGAGACUGCGUUGAUCGAAAUUCAACCGCCCCAAACUUCCAAAAAGGCAUCAGGAACCUGA